AUGCACAGGGCCGGCCGGCUGACUUUUCCCGACAGCAGCCAGAGCCUGCAGUGCCCCUGGGAGAGAGCCUACCAGGAUCACAGGAGGAAGGUCCAGGAUGCCCAGCCACUUGUGGACACCCGGGCCCCGCUGACUCGAAGCCACCUCCACCUGAAACUCAAGAAGCUGAAGCUGGAGGAGGAGCGGCUCGCUGUCAUCGGCAGGGACAACCGCCUGCUGCUGGAGAAGGUGUCCUGCAUCAUGGGGACCAGGGGACAGGCCGACAGCAGAAGCAACUGCACACACAGGAGGUAACUGGGGCCCUCCACCCCAGGGUCAGCACCAACCCUGGAAGGACCCUGAACACUCAGCCCCAGGGCCUGAGCAGAAGAGCUCCUCCUGAGCCAGAGCGAGGCGGUUCGUCCCCUCUCAAGAGAGCCACAGGCCAGAGAAAUGCCUUGUCCUCUGUGGUCCCAGAACCAAAGCGUUCCCCGAGAUCAGGCUGAUCCUCGCACAACA